AUGGACAAAUUUGAGCCAUUGCUGAUCAAGUCCAAGGCACCCAGAGUUUUAAAUAUCAGUUCGGGUCUCGGAAGCAGCACGGAAGCACUGGUUAACAAGUGGGGGAACAAUGAAAAGUUUCUAUUUUCCUACAAUGCUUCUAAGGCCGCUCUCAAUAUUUUGUCCAUCAAUAUUCGGAACCUGUGGAACUCCAAGAAUUACGGAAUCAAGGUGGUUGCGGUUGACCCAGGCUACUGCGCUACCAAUCUCAACGGCAACUCGGGACCGAAGGAGGCAUCCAAGGGAGCCCAGGCAGCAUUUGUGGCGAUUACCACUGACAACUUCGAAAUUCCAUUCAUUAGAUCUGAGACUAAUGAGUUGGUUUUAGAGGCAGCACCUUUCUAG